CACACACACACAUCGGGGUCACUCCACUUCCAGGCGGCGGACUGGUUUCCACCCUCCUGAAUAUCGCACAUGAGCACUCUGAAGGACGUCAGCAGACAUUUCCCUACCUGUGCACCCUCAGCGUGCGUCACAGUAAACUCUGCUGUUUCCCAGUUGUUUCCUGCGCUGUUUUUCCUACCCGGCGAUUGUGGAUUUACGGAGAAUAACGAGCAGCGUGGGCGCGUAACUGCCUAAAAAUCAUGGAUUUAUGGAUAAAGUUGAUGUUGUUGUGCAGCUUCUGUUUCGGAGCGAGCGCAGACUUUGAUGGCAGGUGGCCACGGCAGAUGGCCUCGUCCAACGGCCUGUGUCGAUACGGGGCCAGGGUGGACUGCUGCUGGGGAUGGACACGUCGUUCCUGGGGUCACUGCCAGCCUGUGUGCCAGCCUGGCUGUAAGCACGGAGACUGCGUGGGACCCAAUAAGUGCAAGUGCCACCCUGGCUUCACCGGCAAGACCUGCAAUCAAGACCUGAAUGAGUGCGGGCUCAAGCCAAGACCCUGUAAACACAGGUGCAUGAACACAUAUGGGAGUUACAAGUGCUACUGCCUCAACGGCUACAUGCUGCUGCCUGACGGGACCUGUGGAAACGCUCGUACUUGCGGCAUGGCCAACUGCCAGUACGGCUGCGAGGUGCUGAAAGGAGAGGUCCGAUGUCAGUGUCCGUCGCCGGGGUUACAGCUGGCUCCAGAUGGAAGAACCUGUGUGGAUGUGGAUGAGUGUGCAGCAGGGAUAGCAGUGUGUCCCCGGUUCAGGAAAUGCAUAAACACCUUUGGUAGCUACAUCUGCAAGUGCCACGAAGGCUUUGACCUGCAAUACAUCAAUGGGAAAUACCAAUGCAUAGAUGUGGAUGAGUGCGCUUUAGGUCAGAGCCACUGCAGCAGCUUCGCCACCUGCUACAACACGCCGGGCUCAUACAAGUGCAAAUGCAAAGACGGCUACAGGGGGAUGGGCCACGACUGCAAACCCAUUCCUAAGGUGGCUAUUGACCCCCCGAGGCCAGGCAAACUGCCUCCGAAUCAUCACAACCGCAUCCCUGACAUGGAUCAGAGGAGGACCACCACCACCACCAGGCGCCCGCCCAUUAUCCCCAAAUCAACAACCGCCGCCACGACUACGACUACAACCAAAGCGCCUCUGCCUCCAAAGAGGGUCACCCCACCUCCACGCAAGCCAGCAGUUACCACCCGGAAACCUUUUAUUCCAACGAGGAAGCCACCAACACCUACACGCAAGCCCUACAUCCCACCAAGACCAGUUCCUCCCACCAGGCGUCCCCCACCGCCGCCACCACCGGUCACACCUGUAGACAACACCAUCCAGAAGGAGGUCACCAAACAGAGAGGGGAUGUCCACAUCCCGCGGAACAACGGACACAACACCGUCCUCGGCGUUGACUUUGACAUUGAGCUCGGCAACACGGCAGACGAAGCCAAGGACGAUCCAGAGUCGGGCUAUCUGAGCUGCUCCUUUGAUGACGGCCUUUGUGGCUGGAUCAGGGACAAAGACGGAGACCUGCACUGGGAGACGACACCAGAUCCGUCAGGUGGACGGUACCUCACCAUUCCCGAGGUAGGCAACAAGAGGACUGGGCGAGGGGCCCGGCUGGUCCUCCCACUCACCCCUCCCUGGAACGACGGCAAUCUGUGCCUGUCAUUCCGGCACAAGCUGGCAGGCCACCACGUGGGAAUGCUACAAGUGUUUGUGAAGAAGGGAAAGCAGUACAGUCCUGCAGUUUGGGGCCGGACAGGUGGAAACGGCUGGAGACACACCCAAAUCACAUUAUGGGGCACAGGCCUGGAAAGUGUGAUCCUGAAGGGGGAGCGUGGGCGAGGCAGGAUCGGCGAGAUGGCUGUGGACGACAUCACCCUGAGAAAAGGCUCCUGCACAGAGGAGCACAAUCUGAGGAGACUCUGACUGACAGAACAGAGAACGGCAGAAGGAAAACAAGAGGGAAAAUCAUCUCAAAGAGAAGUGACUCUGUUGUGACAGCCCCUCACUCUGCCUGGGCUCUCUCUGACCCCUCACCGCCGCCACCCCCCCCAGCCAUCCUGUGAACGAUAUCCAAAAAAUUGUGCAUCUGCAGAACAGUGGGUUUCUUUCUCUCGACUGGCCAUGAAUAAAAAGACUGAAUCCAAAUGUCAUGGGCGGAUCCCGGCAGCACAGCCCCAUGUUCUCUGCCUCCCUCUCACUCCAUCACCCUGUUACUAUGAAACCUGCAUGCACCUACUUACCAUGGAAAUGUGCUCCACCUAACACAGCUCUGGCCGCCUUCCAGCCACACUGCUGAGAGGCCCCACGUUCGCUUCAUUUCUUCCUGGAGAGAGCAUAGUCCCCUCACUUUGGAGUCUGCUUUGCUUUGAUCCUUUAGCCACAAGCCAUUGCUUUUUAUUUGCUUGAUGUUAAAACAUGUGACCAGGGGUGCAGUUUGUGACUAUUUUGAUCAUCAAAAACACCAGAGAUAGUAUUCAUUGCUAGAAGGGUUAAGCGAUAUAUUAAACGUUGUUUUUAUUUCUCAUCAUUUCUCUUGAAUCCAGAUGACUCCAAAUUUUAAAUAUAGACCCAAAGGAUAAAAUCGAAUAGAAAGUCAGUUUAGCUCUGCUUCUGAUGUCUGUUCCAAUCUGAGUUUUUGUUAUUGCAACUGUUCGGACACAGUUCGGACCGAAACAACGCAGCUUUCUUUUGCUGUCACAGUAUUUCAAAGGCCUGUUUGGUAGAAGGGGGUUUAAACAUUUAGCACCUUUUCUACACAGAUCUUUUUUUGAAGCCUCCUAAAGUUGUUUGAACACUCCAUGGUCAUUGUUUUUCAGAUACUUGAAAUGUGUCAAACAGAAUCAGUGUAUGAUUUUUGGACACGUGCAAAUCAACACUUACUUUCUAUUAUACAGUACGUGCUUUGUUAUAUUAAGUGCAGUUUGUUAUAAAGACGAUACCAACAACUUUUUAGGCUUUCACAAAUUGUAUUAUUGUAAAUGUAGUUGUGUGUACAUACUCUAAAGAUCUACAAUCUCAUGUGUUGUGUGGUUUAUACGUUAUGUAAAUUCAUACAUGGAUAUUAAUUGGAUUUCAAAACGGUUGCUAUUUCAACUUUUAAUGAAAGAACAUGUAUACAGAUGGAAACCUUGUGCAGUGCAAGGCUGCUGUGCUUAAAGUGCACAAAACGUGUAUGUCCAUGUGUUAUGGUAUAAUGCUCUGUCUGUAACUUGCAAAGCACAUAGUUGCAUAUCGUAUGCUGUGAUAAUGAAGGGCAUCGGCUGGAAUUUAAAGGUUUUCUGUAUGCAUGGGUGCAUUCACCAAAUUCAGAUUUAUCCAGACCAGUAUGUAAAUAAAAUACAUUUGACUGAUA